GAGAUAUAUGUAUGGAGUGAGAAGUGCUAGGAAAGAAGGCGUGCGCAGCCGCAGCUACUAUAUUCCUUCAGGAUUCGUGACUCUACCUGGGCCACAGGAAAAAGAUCUACCACCAUGAAAGGAGGGGGUUGACGUGGAAGAGGAGCGAGAGGUGCCCAGGCUAUUUUUCGACGAUAAGAAGCUGCAAACAGCUUCUGGAAUUGACGCAGAUGCUGGCGGAAAAUACGCAGAUUCCGAUGAACAUGGCUAUCGCAAUUUCUCUUGCCUCAAAGGAGAGGUAUUUAGUGGACCAAAUUGAAGAAUUUUGCUAACAAUAUAAUGAGAAGCGAUUAUUUUUUGAGAAAAUUGAAUCUGGGAUAGCUCUGGGUCAUAAAGGGAGACCAAAGGAGUCCAGCUACAGCCCAAGAACACCGGGAAUCUCAGAUGGGGAAAGGGGUGGUUUCCGCUGCUGCCCAGGUGGCUAAAACGCAUCAAAUCAGCGCCUCUGUUGCUGUCCAGCCUUCUGCCGCCGAACCAUCUUGGAAAGAUAAGGUAUCUCAACCGAAGCUCAAUCGAAAAGGUAUGGCCUUAUUGUUUGUCGCCCCUAUUAUUGAUAAUGCUAAUGUUGUUCCUCAAUUAGACUCGUUUGCUCUUGAGGAAUUGGCUAGUGUUUGGGAUAGGUCCAUUAUUUUGUAUGUUGGUUGUGAUAAACCGUCGUAAGAGAUAGUUAUGCCCUAUGUGAGAAGACAAUAUAUAGAACCAUGUUUCUGAGCCAAGAGUGUAUGCGCAAGAAAGUUCCCCUAGUGAUUAAGAAGUGGAGCUCGAACUUUGAUUUCCAUGAUGAAGUCCUGAGAGUAAUUCUUGUGUGGUUUAGGCUCCCUAGAUUGCCUCUGCAUUAUUGGGGUGAAGAAUCUCUGAGCAGGAUCACUAGUGUCUUAGGGGUUCCUUUACUUGCCGAUGAAUGUACUACUAGCCAACUAAGACUAUCAUAUGCGAGAGUUUUGGUGGAAAUAGACAUCACGUAAGGAGAUCACCAAAAAGAUUCAAAUCCGAGAUGAUGCAGGAAAUGAGUUUAUAUAGCAAGUUAUUCAUGAGUGGAGCCCUUAUUAUUUUCAGAAAAGUAAGAAAGUAGGUCAUCUAUGCAAAGAGAUCCGUUGAACCCAGAAACUGAUCGCGUUAUCAUCACCCGUACGUCUCCUUCAUUCUUCCCUUUCACCGGCCGUAAUUUGACCUGCCGUCUGCUUCAGAUCCUCCCGCCGCUGGUUCUUCCUCGUCAUUCCCCAUAAACUCUGUGGUGAAAGUCCCUGUUAUCGUUGUGGGUUGCAAGUUAGAUUUGAGGGAUGAGCAACAACCAGCCAGCCUGGAGCAGGUGAUGUCUCCGAUUAUGCAACAAUUUCGUGAGAUUGAGACUUGCAUAGAAUGUUCUGCAUCCAGACAUAUACAGAUUCCAGAGGUUUUUUUUACUAUGCCCAAAAAGCUGUACUUCAUCCUACAGCACCGAGAGACUCAAACAUUGAGGCCUCAACGUGUCAGGGCACUGAAGCGCAUAUUUAUAUUGUGUGACCAUGACAAGGAUGGCGCUUUAAGUGUUGCAGAAUUGAAUGAUUUCCAGGUUUUUGAAGCUCUGAAUAGUGCGUCCAAUUAUCUUUGGAAUGAUUUGUGAUUAUUUGGCUGUGUGUGUUGUCUUUAUACAGGUUAAAUGCUUCAACGCUCCUUUCCACCAUCUGAAAUAACAGGUGUAAAGAGGGUUGUCCAAGAAAAAUUACCUGAAGGAGUGAAUGAACGUGGUUGUCUCACUUUGAGAGGAGUUCUAAUUCUUCGUGCCCUUUUCAUUGAAAAAGGGAGGCUGGGGACAACAUGGACUGUCCUGCGGAAGUUUGGAUGUAAUAAUGAAAUCAGGCUUGAUGAGGAUUUUCUUCCACCAUCAUUCAAACGAGCGCCCGACCAGGUGAGUUCACUUUCUAGUUUCGUAUUCUUUGCGUGAUGAAUCUGCAGAAUCAUGCCUCUUUUGGUCUCCUACUAUAGGCCUUGUUUAUUUCAUUGUCACUAUCCAAUAGGACUAAACAUGGGUCUAAUCUCAGAUUUGGACCCCUAAAUUCUUUUGUGGACCCAAAAAUUAAACAGAAAUCCGCCAGGUCUAUAAAUUUGGACCCUUGGGGUCCAGGCUUCGUAAAAUGGGUCUAAAGUGUUUUGCUUAAAUUAUUUUUUUAUCCUGGAAUUUUAUACCAAUUUCAUUCAAUGUUUAAGUUCAUUAAAAAGGAAGAUAGCCAAAAGUGAUUCUCCAUGUAAAGAGUGUUAUCGCCGUUUGUUGGGGUUUUUAAAUGUCAUCGAGUGGUGUUUGUUUUGUCACUCAUAGGGGUUCCUCUUUUAAGGCAUGCUUGGAUUGGAUGUAAAUAUUUAAGGGGUAAAAAAAGUCAAAGUAAGAAAACUAAGUUGUUAAAUGAGAAAUUAGUAAAAUUUGAUUGUUGUAGAGGUAGAAAAAUGAUUGCAAAAUAAUGAAAAAUGAAGGGAGCUCUCAAUUUUGUGGAAUAAAUAUUUACCUAGGGGAGGGUGGGAGAAUGUAUUAUCUCCAUAAUAGGGGGAAAUCAUCUUCUUUUUACAUUGUUAUUUUUAUUUCAUGCUUAUUUUUUACCUGCUUCACAACUAUCUCAUCUAUUUCAAAUGCAUCUCUAUUUGUUUUCAUUUCAUUAGUUUGACUUUAUUUCCCUUUAAAUAUUUACACCCAACUCAAGCAUACCUUUAUAGUUAAUUGUUUCUUUGAUUUGGUCUUUAAUUUCAUACAUAUAAUAAGGUUCAAAGGGGAGAAUGGAAACAAAUCAUAUCAGUGAUGAUGAAGCUGCAUGCGAGGAAGAAGCAGACAUCACAAUAAAAAAAAAACAAUGAUAUUUAGGAAACUUUUCCCUUAAUAUUGCUAAUUCCAUAAGUAUUUCCCACUUUGCAUGAAAUGGAAAAUUAUUUCCCAAUAUACCGUCCACGUGGAAAUUUGUAAACAAAACCGCCAUAUGAGAUGGCGGUUUGUGGUGAAGAGUAACCGCCACAUGAGGUAGUGAUUUUAUCUGGAUACAGUGCAUAGUAAACCGCCAUCUCAUGUGGCAGUUUGCUUUGGGUGAACCACCAUCUCAUUUGACGGUUUGCUCUGUGCCCUUGCAACAUUUUAUUUUGUUCUUUCAAUUCCCAUAAAUAGUUAGCACAACCUGCAUUAAACUAGUUCAAUACCAUCUAUUCCAUAAUAAUCAACUACGAACCAGCUUGAUUUGAAAACAUUAAUUAUGAAAAUAAUGCGAAGAUAUAUUACAAUCAUGCAAAGUGAUACAAGAAGUUCAAAGCAUAUAAAACGAUACAAAGCGUGUUAAACUAUAAUCCUCGGUCCCUUUUGUUGUGCGCACCGGUGGAUGACAUUAAGAGUAGGAGCUCGUCAUUGACUAUUACGCUGAUAUGUGAUGAUCCUUUGCGGAGGCGAUGGACGUGAAGGAGGAGUGGUCAUGGAAGCUGGAGAAACGAAUGGCGACAUAGCACCAGAUGUCAAUGGGGAUCUGGAAGACCGACCUCGAGUAGAUGAACGCUCGCGAACUCUUGUGGACCGACUACUUGAUCCUUCAGAAGAGCUACCUCGGUGGGCCGAACUCCGUGGAGAAGGAGUGUGGAAUGUGUCAUCUACCUCGCCAAUGAUGGGUGGAUUCGGAAUGAGGUACUCAUACCCCGCCUGACUCAAUGCAUUGGUCAAUGACAUGUUCAUGGAGCCAAGGGUCUGAGAACAUACCCGAUACCCCACAUCAACUGGCGAUGUAGCGGCCCCAUGAAUCGUGUCAUUGCAUUGUAUGAGCACCGAUCGGAUGCGCUCAGCUUGUAUGUUAUCAUUAUAUUGUUAAAAGAAUCACAUAAAAGUAUUACUAUAUGUUAUGAGUGUUAAAGAAGACAUACUAGUAACGUAGAUGUCGAAUGGUAAUGUGAUCCUUGCUGCACAAAUGUGGUGUUCGUUAGGCGUAAUAUGGAGAUACGCCUGUGCCAAUUCAUGUACGCACCAGAGCUAUUACCGGUGUAGUUAUCUCCUCGAACCAAUCGAAAUGCUCGGUCAUUCCACGCAUCUACCUACGAUCUAUGUCGUACGAGUAGUUCUUGUCCCCAGUCCUCCAAUCAUUCGCAUGUAGUUGAGGUUGGGUGUCACAGGCAUGCGGAAUAACAUGCUCCAAACCGAAUUUGACGCAUGACACGAUCCGGGAGAUGUAGCUCGACGAUGUCAAAGCAAAUAAGUGGACAACGCGAUCUCCAAAUCUCAUGACCCGCUCUACAUAUGUGUGGCAAAGCGUCUAUCUUAGCCGUUGUGUAAGACUACCAUGUCAUCUGCAAUAGAAAUCAAUAUACUCAGUAAUAUAUACAAUUUUUUCAUAACUAAUAUAAAUAAUAAAUGUUAAUAACCUGCUCGUCCCGUUGUCGAUCAAGUGCGUCUCUGUAGUAGACGAGAGUAUGUGGGGAGUGGGACCUCGAAAGAUACAGCUGCGAACAAAUGAACAUUGUUUAAUAUUUUCAUGUAUCAUAAAAUAGUGAAAUUUUGAAUUUGAAUAGUGAAUUGAGUGUUUCUACCUUACUGCUAAAGGAUCCAUCCCACGACGAUGCUGUGAACCUAACAUCGGAUCAAAAUCCUUCGCGUCAUCUCUUGAUCAUGUUGCCCAACGGGUCAAAUCGUUUGAAUUAUAGGCCUCCCUAUACUCAUCUACCCGCUCCAAGUCUCCUAGUAGAGGGAGAUAGAUUAACUGCACUGAGUUACCGCUCUUGUCUAGAAACAAGAUGCAUCCAAACAGGUACAAAAUGUGCGCUCGCGCAUAUAUAUCCACUAUAAUAUCAUCCGCGUCAUCCUCUAGCACGCUAAAAUGCUCUCUGAGCCAAGUCAACUUCAACGAGGAUCCAAUGAUGAUCUUUGGUUGUGUGGGGGUCAUGAGGGUUUUCUGGCCAAACCCCUAGUAGCUCAUGAACUAAUGUUGGCCAAUUUCCCUCUCCAUGACCUGUCACUGCUUGUCUUUCAAUGGGUAGUCCCAUUAUAAUUGCCACAUCUUGCAACGUGAUUGUUGCCUCGCAAAUCGUGAGGUGGAAGGUAUGAGUCUCCGGCCUCCACCUCUCCACUAAUGCAGUGAUAAAACUCGAUCCUCCUGAUCUAAAGAGUCAACCUCGUUGGCAUUACGCCUACCCAAGUGACUCGUGGAAAAUGUGUUCAUUACACCACCACCAAUGCCACGUGAAUGAGUUGGAGAAAUAAACUCAUCCAAGUGCUCAUUAACGUAAUUUGGGUUACUUAACAUUUCUGUGAAUGUAUCAUGGCGUACACUAGGACCUGAUUAUGGAAGUUCCAUGCCAGUUAUGACUUCCCUCGCAUUACCCAAAUUUGCAACCAAUUCAACAUAAACCUCCAUUGCCGUUCCAGGGGCUUGAGAUGCCGCAUAAGCAAGAGCACUUAUGCUUUCAUUAUUCUUAAUCGGGACUAACACAUUUUUCCCAGUCACCGGAUAUUUCAUCUCCCUUUUUAACAUAAAAGAAUUGCGAUCACAACCAAUUACAUCAUAGAUUUUGCUAUGAAACACCUCAAAAUUAGUAUUCUGACGAUGGAUAAACAUCACUUCAUUUAAUCCUCCAUUAUACACAACAUCGGAUCAAGUAUAACUUACUUUCUCCACCCCAAUACACUAUAACGGGAUAAUAAUCCAUAUUCUGCAAACACAAGCAUGUUUUUCAUGUUAUUUCACAUACACUUUAUUGUUGAUUGUGAGUAAAGUAAGUGUAAAUGUGAAUACAAGAAUGUGUAAUAUUAAAGUAUUACAACACUUAUUAGAAGGUUCAAUUCAAAUAUAAAGCUAAAAUUACCAUGAAUAUAUACUAAAACCAUUAAAUUAACCUUACAAAGUAGUAAACUUUCAUUGAAGCAUUUCAUCAUACACUUUAUAUGCAUACAAACCAAAUCAUAAAAUGCAACUACAAAAUUCUAAAAUGUAAACUUAAAUCAUGAAAUCAAAAGAAUGUAACAAACAAUCAAUGUAUUUAUAACUCCAAAUGACAAUAAUAAUGAACAAAAAAACAAUUUGCAAAUUGAAAAAAAUUAGGGUUAUAUUCAUACCUUAAAUAAGGAUGAAAAUGAACAAGAAGGAGAAGAUGGGAAUGUAGUGAACCUUUUCCCAUAAUAUUGCCAAUGGAAAAAUUAAUUCCCACUUUGUAUGAAAUGGGAAAGUAUUUCCCACAAUACCGUCCACGUAGGAUAGGUGUGAGAAAUUUUUUUUUCUUUUUUUUUUAAAUAUAACUGCUGCAUCAAUUAGCGAUUUUGUUUAGGAGUUUGUACUAAACCGCUAGAUGAAAUGGCGGUUUUCUAUUAGUUUCAUUUAAAAAAAAAAAAUUGAAGCUUGACAAAAUCGCCACUUGAGAUGGCGGUUUUGUACCUGUACAAAACGUGACUGGUUUGCUGUUUUUCUCAUUUGAUUUCACUUCUUCCUUGCUUCUUUCUACCGCUGCUCUCUUAAAAAAAAAUUUCUUCACUCUCAUUUACUUCAUAUUUACAAUUCCUCUCAUUCAACUAAACUAAUCAACUACAUUCUCAUCUUCUCCUUCUUUACUUGUUCAUUUUCAUCCUCAUUUAAGGUAUGAAUAUAACCCUAAUUAUUUUCAAUUUACAAAUUAUUUUUUUGUUCAUUAUUGUUGUCAUUCGAAGUUAUAAAUACAUUAGUUGUUUGUUACAUUCUCUUUAUUUCAUGAUUUAAGCUUACAUUUUACACAUUUGUAGUUGAAUUUUAUGAUUUGGUUUGUAUGCAUAUAAAGUGUUUGAUGAAAUGUUUCAAUGAAAGUUUAUUACUUUGUAGGGUUAGUUUAAUGGUUUUAGUAUAUAUGGUAUUUUUAGCUUUAUGUUUGAAUUGAACCUUUUAAUAAGUGUUCUAAUACCUUAAUAUCACAAAUUCUUGUAUUCACAUUUACACUUCCCUUACUCACAAUCAACAAUAAAGUGUAUGUGAAAUCACAUGAAAAACAUGCUUGUGUUUGCAGAAUAUGGAUCAUUAUCCCGUUAUAGUGUAUUGGGGUGGGGAAAGUAAGUUAUACUGGAUCCGAUGUUGUGUAUAAUGGAGGAUUAAAUACAAUGAUGUUUAUCCAUCGUCAGAAUACUAAUUUUGAGGUGUUUCAUAGCAAAAUCAUUGAUGUAAUUGGUUGUGAUUGCAAUUCUUUUAUGUUAAAAUUGGAGAUGAAAUAUCCGGUGACUGGGAAAAAUGUGUUAGUCCCGAUUAAGAAUGAUGAAAGCAUAAGUGCUCUUGCUUAUGCGGCAUCACAAGCCCCUGGAACGGCAAUGGAGGUUUAUGUUGAAUUGGUUGCAAAUUUGGGUAAUGCGAGGGAAGUCAUGACUAGCAUGGAACUUCCAAAAUUAAGUCCUAGUGUACGCCAUGAUACAUUCACAGAAAUGUUAAGUAACCUAAAUUACGUUAAUGAGCACUUGGAUGAGUUUACCUCUCCAACUCAUUCACGUGGCAUUGGUGGUGGUGUAAUGAAUACCUUUUCCACGAGUCACUUGGGUAGGCGUAAUGCGAACGAGGUUGAUUCUUUAGAUCAGGAGGAUGAGCAUAUUGAUUCUGAUUCAGAGGAGGAUGAUGACAGAAAAGAAGCGCUAGAUGCAGCGAUUAGAGAUGGUGCUCCAUCUCAAGACUGGCUUAGAAUUGAUGAGGUUGAUCAAAGAUGGAUUGAUGCAUGGAUGACUUGGAACGAUGACAACUUCUUGAAUGAAAAUGGAGACUUUAGGAUAGGGCAAGAGUUUAGCUCCUUAGACCACCUUAAGAAGAAUCUUAAAGCAUGGGCGAUUUAUAACAAUAGAAACUUCUGUGUAAUUGAGUCGAAGCCUUCAAAGUACGUUAUCCAAUGCACUAAUGCGGAGGUUAUAGGUUGUGAAUGGAGGAUGCGAGUUGUUAUGACCUUCACGGGAUUAUUUAAGAUUGUGCGAUAUCAGGGUCAUAAUCAAGAUUGCUCAGCACAUUACAGUGACGAUCAUCCCCUCCUUAGUUCUGAAUUUGUUGUUGAUUUUAUCGUGGAUAUGGUCAGAGUUGAUCCAGCGUUCAAGGUGAAGUCAAUCGUUAAUUUUGUAAAAAAUAAAUACGGAUUUGCUAUAACAUAUAAGAGAGCUUGGUUGGCAAAAAAUAAGGCUAUAACAAAAGUAUUUGGGGAUUGGGAUAAGUCCUUUGAGGAGCUUUUAAGGUCCCUGCAGGCAUUAAUGCAAUAUGAUCCAGGAACAAUGGUGCAAUGGGAAGUCCAACCGAUAAUGGAUCCUACCAGAGUGAUGUUUCAGAGAAUUUUUCGGUCUUUCGGACCAUCCAUUAAGGGUUUUCUCCACUGUCGUCCCCUUAUUUCUAUAGAUGAUACACAUUUGUACGGAAAGUACAGAGACACACUUAUGAUUGCUAUGGCGAUAGAUGGAAAUUCUCAGUUGAGUCUGAUAAUAUUUUUGUGAAUUUUAUAACACUUAUGUAUGUAACAGCGAUAAUGGCGAUGCCGGGCCCAAUUGAUUCAUCAGUAUUUACGCUUCAGGCGACACACAGGAGUUUAGCUGCCUGGGAGAGCUCCACUACCCAGUUGGUUACUCGUCAGCACUACCAGGCGAGUACGUUACAUUAGGAGGUGGAUGACAGAGUAUUAGAGGUAGUGGAAUUAGCUGGUUUUAGUUACAAUCACAGGUUGUUGGGCGGGGGUUUAGAGCUCGAUCGAGCUCUUAUCACUGCAUUAGUGGAGAGCUGGAGGCCGGAGACUCAUGCCUUCCACCUCACGGUUGGCGAGGCAACGAUCACGUUGCAAGAUGUGGCAGUUAUAAUGAGACUGUUCAUUGAAGGACAAGCAGUGAUAGACCAUGAAGAGGGAAAUCGGCCAUCAUUAGUUUAUGAGCUACUAGGGGUUUUGCCAAAAGACCCUUAAGACCCCACACAACCGAAGAUCAUCACUGGAUCGUCGUUGAAGUUGACUUGGCUCAGAGAGCAUUUUAGCGCGCUAGAGGAUGACGCGGAUGGUAUUACGGUGGAUAGACAUGUGCGAGCGUACAUUUUGUACCUGUUUGGAUGCAUCUUGUUUCCAGACAAGAACGGUGACUCGGUGCAGUUGAUCUAUCUCCCUCUACUAGGAGACUUGGAGCGGGUAGAUGAGUAUAGUUGGGGAAGUGCUACCCUAGCGUAUCUGUAUCGUAAUUUAUGUCGAGCAUUUCGUAAGGGUGCCAAGGACAUUGGAGGCUGCUUUAUGUUGUUACAGAUAUGGUCGUGGGACCAUAUUCAUAUAGGGAGGCCUGUAAUUCGAACGAUUCGACCUGCUGGGCAACAUGAUCAGGAGAUGACGCGGAGAAUUUUGAACCGGUUUUAGGUUCACAGCAUCGUCGUGGGAUGGAUCCUUUAGCAGUAAGGUAGCAACACUUAAUUCACUAUUCAAAUUCAAAAUUUCAAUAUUUUAUGAUACAUGAAAAUAUUAAACAAUGUUCAUUUGUUCGCAGCUGUAUCUUUCCAGGUCCCACUCCCCACAUACUCUCGUCUACUACAGAGACGCACUUGAUCGACAACGGGACGAGCAGAUGACAUGGUAGCCAUACACAACGGCUAAGAUGGACGCUUUGCCACACAUAUGUAGAUCGAGUCAUGAGAUUUGGAGAUCGUGUUGUCUACUUAUUUGCUUUGACAUGAUCGAGCUACAUCUCCCGGAUCGUGUCAUGCGUAAAAUUCGGUUUGGAGCAGGUUAUUCCGCAUCCCUGUGACACCCAACCUCAACUACAUGCGAUUGAUCGGAGGACUGGGGACAAGAACUACGUCGUACGACAUAGAUCGUAGGUAGAUGCGUGGAAUGACCGAGCAUCUCGAUUGGUUCGAGGAGAUAACUACCGGUAAUAGCUCUGGUGCGUACAUGAAUUGGCACAGGCGUAUCUCCAUAUUACGCCUAACGAACACCACAUUUGUGCAGCCAGGAUCACAUUACCAUCCGACAUCUACGUUACUGCUGAGCGCAUCCGAUCGGCGCUCAUACAAUGCAAUGACAUGAUUCACGGGGCCGCUACAUCGCCAGUUGAUGAGGGGUAUUGGGUAUGUUCUCAGACCCUUGGCUCCAUUAAUACGUCAUUGGCCAAUGCAUUGAGUCAGGCGGGGUAUGAGUACCUCAUUCCGACUCCACCCAUCAUUGGCGAGGUAGAUGAUACAUUCCACACUCCUUCUCCACGGAGGUAGCUCUUCCGGAGGAUCAAGUAGUCGGUCCACAAGAGGUCGCGAGCAUUCAUCUACUCGAGGUCGGUCUUCCAGAUCUCCAGUGACAUCUGGUGCUAUGUCGCCAUUCGUUCCUCCAGCUUCCAUGACCACUCCUCCUCCACAUCCAUUGCCUCCGCAAAGGAUCAUCACAUAUCAGCGUAAUAGUCAACGACGAGCUCCUACUCUUAAUGUCAUUGCAGAGAUUGACGAGUAUACACAAUCAUCAUCCACCGGUGCGCACAACAAAAGGGGCUGGGGAUUAUAGUUUAACACGUUUUUAUCGAUUUAUAUGCUUUGAACUUCUUGUAUCACUUUUCAUGAUUGUAAUAUAUCUUCGCAUUAUUUUCAUAAUUAAUGUUUUCAAAUCAAGCUGGUUCGUAGUUGAUUAUUAUGGAAUAGAUGGUAUUGAACUAGUUUAAUGCAGGUUGCGCUAACUAUAUGGGAAUUGAAAGAAAAAAGUAAAACGCUGGACAAGCACAGAGCAAACCGCCACAUGAGAUGGCGGUUUACCAGCACAAAACUGCCAAAUGAGAUGGCUGUUUUCCCUAACCAAACCGCUACUUCAUGUGGCGGUUUAUUGGUCAAUGCAAACUGCCAUCUCAUUUGGCGGUUUGGUCUGGAAUAUUUUAAAAAAAAAUUAAAUUGCCACGUGGACAGUAUUGUGGGAAAUACUUUUCCAUUUCAUUCAAAGUGGGAAAUAUUUUACAUUUUUGCAAUAUUAUGGGAAAAGAUUCGAAUAUAGUUGAUUAGUUUAGUUGAAUGAUAGGAAUUGUAAAUAUGAAGUAAAUGAGAGUGAAUUUUUUUUAAAACAGCAGCGGUAGCAAGCUAGGAGGAAGAAAUGAGAUUAAGUGAACAAAACAGGAAGCAUAUGGCGUUUUGUACAACUACAAAAUCGCCAUCUCAAGUGGCAGUUUGAUAUACAUUAAUUUUUU